AUUACACACGUUUGUUAUAAAUAAGGAACACUUGUUUGUAUAAGUAAAUUUAAUUUUCCCAGAUUAAAAAAAGAAAUGAGUUUCUGUUGAAAUUCAAUUGUUUCCAGUUGAAAAUGUCAAUAACCAUGAUUCAUCAUCCAGAAACAUUUUCAACUCCAAAAUUCACAAUAACACAAAAAAUCAUGCAUCUUAUACAACCACAAUAAAUACACUAGUUCCCCGUUUGAUAAGUAAACCAUAUCCCCCAAAAAAUUGCAAGAAAUAUUAUUCAGAAACAAGAAGAUAUAAAUAGGAAACAAGAUGCCCAUUCAGAAGGUUAAAGCUCGGCAAAUUUUUGACUCCAGAGGUGAUCCAACUUUAGAAGUGGACAUAAUCACAGACGUUGGUCUGUUGAGGGCUUGUGUACCAGCGGUUGUAUCGCCCAGCGCUAAUCAGGCUCAGGAAUUAAGGGAUGGAAACGAAGCCAUGUAUCAUGGGAAAUCCGUGUUCAGAGCCGUUGACGUAGUUAACAAUAUCAUUGCACCGCAACUUUUGAAAUCUAGGCUGGAGGCAUGCCAGCAAACGGAGAUAGACAGUUUGCUAAAUCGGUUAGACGGUACCGAGAAUAAAUCAAAAUUAGGAGCGAAUGCGAUCCUCGGUGUUUCCAUCGCUUGUUGCAAGGCUGGCGCUGCCAAGAAAGGGCUUCCAGUUUACAGAUACAUUGCUGAGAUGGCUGAAAAUUCCGAACUUUACCUUCCUGUCCCUUGUUUCAAUAUGAUCAGCGGAGGUAGACACGCUAACAACGUUAUACCAUGCCAAGAGUUUUUGAUCCUACCUAUAGGAGCGGAAAGUUUCGCAGACGCGAUGAAAAUGGGCACAGAGGUGUACAGAGUGCUUGAAAGAAAAAUUGCAACUGCCCAGGAGAUACAGUUACCUCUUCCAGUUAGCGACGAUGGUGCAUUUACCCCUUUGGAGCUAGAGGAAGAUAAAGAAGCUUUGUUGUUGUUGGACGAAUCCAUCAGAGAAGCAGGAUACGAUGGAAGAAUUAAGAUAGCACUGGACAUGGCAGCCAGUGCCUUUUACAAAGAAGGAGGAUACGAUUUGCAGUUUAAAACAGAAGAAUCCGAUCCUGACGAUUAUAUGGAAGCAGAAGCGCUCCGGGAUCAGUAUUUGGAAUAUAUAUCGGAGUAUCCAAACAUCGUAUCCAUUGAAGAUCCAUUCGAUCAAGAUGACUGGGAGGGAUGGCUCACGAUGGCCGAUCAAGAAGAAGUCCAAAUUGUCUCUGAUGAUCUGACAGCGAUGAACAUCGACAGAAUCGAGGAAGCGAUCGAGAGGAGUUCGGCCAAUGCUAUCGUCCUGAGAAUGUUACAAAUUGGGACCGUGACAGAGACGAUUAACUGUGCAAGAUUGGCGCGAAUCAGUAACUGGGGAUACGUGGUGUCGGCUUGUCAGGGUGAAACGGAGGACAAUUUCGUAGCUGAUUUAGCUGUAGGUUUAUCCGCUGGUCAAUUCAAAUCUGGAGCUCCCUGUAGAAGCGAAAGAAUCGCUAAGUACAAUCAACUGCUAAGAAUCGAGGAAGAACUUGGAAAAGAUGCGAAAUACGCUGGUCAAAAUUUCAGAAAUCCUUUGGCUAAAUGAUU